GCUGUGCAGCCGCUAAAAACUACAACUCCCAGCAGACCCCGCGCCCCGCUGCUUCCCGCGGAGCUAAGAUGGCGCCCGCCAAGGAGCGUGUGGUCGGCGUGGCGCCGGCCGGCUACACAGCUCUGGCCGUGAAGUUCGGGGAGCGGCAGCGCUCGCCCCAUUGGCUGUUGGUGAAGGAGCACCAGGUGCGGGACGGGGCCGACACCGCUCACCCGCCGGGUCGCACACUCUUCGUCCUCAACGUCCCCCCGUACUGCAGCCCGGACUCGCUGUCGAGGCUCUUCUCCCGCUGCGGGCGCGUCCAGUCUGUGGAUGUCUGUGAGAAGCCGGUGCCAGGGGAGAAAAAAGAAAAACUCAAGUCCAAAUUCUUCAGCUGCAAACCUGUAACGGGUUUUCAAGUAGCAUAUGUGGUGUUCAGGAAACCAGCUGGUGUCCAGGCAGCCAAGGCCCUGUCACGAGAAGGUCCCUUGCUGAUCUCAACAGAGAGUCACCCUGUGAAAACUGGCAUUAGCAAGUGGAUCUCCAGCUAUGCAGCCUCAGUUGUGGACCGGGAAGAGCUGAAGGCUGAGGUGGAUGCCUACAUGCAAGACUAUGACAAAAAGAUGGCAGAGGAAGAAGCCAAAGCAGCCAAGGAGGAGGGCGUUCCAGAUGAGGAGGGUUGGGUGAAGGUAACGCGGAAGGGCCGGAAGCCCGGCCUGCCCCGGACAGAGGCUGCCAACCUGCGGGUGCUGGAGAGGGAGAAGCAGAAAAGGGCCCGCAAAGAGCUGCUCAACUUCUAUGCCUGGCAGCAUCGCGAGACCAAGAGGGAGCACAUUGCCCAGUUGAGGAAGAAAUUUGAGGAGGACAAGCAGAGGAUUGCCUUGAUGCGAGCCCAGCGCAAGUUUCGGCCAUACUAAGAUGUGCUGAGCGUUGUUUCCUUCAGUGCCUGUUCUGGAGAAGGUGGGAGAAGAUGCUCAUGGACUCCAUGUGCCCAAAGGGUUUCAACAGAUUGAGGCAGCUGCCCUUGGAUCUGAGAUGGGGGAUCACAGCAGCUGCUGCUGGAGGGGGUUUCCAUCACUCUCACUGGUAUUGCCUGCUCUGCCAGCCGUUGUUCAGCCCGUGGCACCUCAUACCAGGUUGCUCAGCUCAAGGGGCUAAGGCGCUUCCUGUGGCAGCCUGUAUCUCCCUGCCACCCAAGGCCCUCCUGAAGCUUGGUGUUAGUGGGGAUUGACCUAGCACAGCCUCUACAGGGGCAGGGAACCCCUGAGGAUCUGUAAAUAAACUGCUGCUAUAUUCUUAAAA